UCAGGACUCCUGGAGUCGAUACGUUCAUUUCAGAUCAGCCAUGAACCCUAAACGAGCUCUUCAGCCUCAGAGGUCGACAUUGUUUAAAAGCGAGUGCCACUCCUCUUCCUGGGACAGAAAGAAUCUGGUUCGGCAGGAGGAACUCACUCGGCGACACCUCCUCCCCAUUCUGAGACCAACUGAUGAGAGGGCUGUGUCACUCGGGAACCUGCAGCUCUCGAGAAACGUUUCACUCCUCUUCGGCAUGGGGAAGAUUGCCAAGGAAACAGCCGGCCAGGUCAUCAGCUUCAUCGGCCUGGUUCUGGCGGCGGUGUGCUGUGGGGUCCCCAUGUGGAGGAUGACCACCUACAUCGGAGCCAACAUCGUGACGGGUCAGCUGGUCUGGGACGGGCUGUGGAUGAACUGCAUCAUGCAGAGUACCGGUCAGAUGCAGUGCAACCUGAUAAACUCUGUGAUGACCCUGACGCAGGACCUGCGGGCCGCCCAGGCCCUGGUCAUCAUCUGCCUGGUGAUCGGCUUCAUCGGCUUCAUCAUCACUUUCAUCGGAGCCAAGUGCACCACCUGUCUCAAGUCCGAGCAAUCGAGCGCCAACAUUGUGAUCAGUGGUGGCUGUCUGCUCAUCAUAGCUGCGGUCCUGAUCCUGAUCCCGUGCUGCUGGUCUGCUGCGGUCACCAUCUCAGACUACGACAGCUCCGUGGUCACCAGCACGCAGAAGAGGGAGCUGGGAGCCUCCAUCUACAUCGGCUGGACGGCUGCUUGUUUGCUCUUGAUAGGAGGAAUCACCCUGACCACCUCCUGCCCCCCUCAACAGUCGAUGUACCCGCAGUACCCCCCAGCACCGAUGUACCGGUACGCACCGGCGACCUACGGCCCCACGUAUGUUCCUCCAUCCAACCGCUCAUACACACCCGCAGGAAGCUACAUGCCCAGCAAGCCCUACGCUGCUCCGGCCACCUACUCGCCACGACAGUACAUCUACCCUCUGUCCAAUCAGCAUUCGUCUCCAGGCGGAGCGGAGUUUAAAUGCCUAAUGAGUCGUUUGCAUACAAUCGCCGAAACCACACAGAGCAGAUACUGGCAGGAAUCUGGUCGGACUGGAGAACCCCGUCAGUCAUUCACAACUUCACAACCGACCCGCGCCUCUUGCUUCAGCUCCAACUCGGAAGUCAUCAUGGUGUCGAUGGGACGACAGAUGCUGGGCCUCGUCCUGGCCAUCUUCGGCUUCCUCGCCACCAUCAUCGUGUGCGCCCUGCCUAUGUGGAAGGUGACGGCCUUCAUCGGAGCCAACAUAGUGACGGCGCAGGUCAUCUGGGAGGGCUUGUGGAUGAACUGUGUGACGCAGAGCACAGGCCAGAUGCAGUGUAAGAUCUACGACUCUCUGCUGGCGCUGCCUCAGGACCUGCAGGCUGCCCGGGCGCUCGUGGUCAUCGCCGUCAUAGUUUCUGCUUUCGGGAUCAUUCUGGGCAUCACUGGAGGGAAGUGCACCAACUUUGUGGAGGAGGAACGUGCCAAAGCCAAGGUGGCCAUCGCUGCUGGGGCUUUCUUCAUCUGCGCUGGUAUUCUUGUUCUGGUUCCGGUGUGCUGGUCUGCAAACACCAUCGUCAGGGAUUUCUACAACCCCAUCAUAACCAACGCGCAGAGGAGAGAGUUGGGAGCCAGUCUCUACAUCGGCUGGGCAGCAGCAGCGCUUUUAAUCCUCGGAGGUGGCCUCCUGUGCAGCUCCUGCCCUCCUAAACGCAGCCCUCAGGAGUAUCCAGUCAAGUACCAGGGCGCCAGUUCUGUAGCCAACAGCCGGGCCUACGUCUGAGAGCUCUUCUUCACCUAGACUUUCCCUUUUGUGGACUCUAAUCGGACUUGAGCGCUGAGACGGGUUCUCCAGAAGAGCCGGUCAGAGACGGACUGGAUGUUAUUUAUACAAGCAGAGUGCAAAGAUGUGAUGGUAGUUAUGUAACCUGGCUUCUCAUUACUGCUGGAUCCAACAAGAGCGGUCUGAUCCGCACCAGCAGGAUGUGGAUGGUCACGAACCACUGAUGGGAUCAGAUCUGUACAAUCAUGCCUUCACCCAUACAAAUUCACUCAUUCAUAAUAAAGUAUUGUUUGUCGUAA